AAACCUUUUAACAUUAUUCAGCAUAGAAAGGUUGAAUUUGUCAAUUUGCAUUUUAUCUAAUCAUUCCGGCUCUUCUUUUCCCCUCUAACCUUUCCAUGCGAAUACUUCUUGCAUUUUGUUGUAUAUAAAAGCUUAUGAUGCUCCGAGUUAUGAUCCCGGCCUUGCGUACUAUGUAGGUAAACCCUAGCCGAGUAACAUUUUCCUCUGUAGGAAAUCAGGGAAAGAAAAGAAACACACUUCUUAUUUCGGAUUAUAAGAUACCGAAUUUAUAACAAUCCCUUAUCAUCUCGGUAAGCUCCGCCAAAUAGCACGCCGCAUAGUACUACAUACAAUCGUCAAGAUCCUAGUUGAUCCCCCACAACCUUAUCAAGGAGAUCAUAAGUCAUGUCAUCCGUCACGAACAAGGGCGCCCCUAAUGUCCCCUUCUACACGCCUGUCCAAGACCCACCCGCAGGAACUGCGUUGGAUCAGGCCACAGCCCCGACCCUGUUCAAGCCGCUAAAGAUCCGGGGUGUUGAACUGCAAAAUCGCUUCGUCGUCGCCCCGAUGUGCCAGUAUAGCGCCGACGAUGGACACGCCACCGAUUGGCACUUCGCCCACUUGUCGCAGUUUAUCCUGCGGGGCACGGCCCUGACCAUUGUCGAGGCCACCGCCGUUACCCCCAACGGUCGCAUUAGCCCCGAGGAUCUCGGGCUCUGGGAGGACAGCCAGAUUGUGCCGUUAAAACGCAUCGUCGACUUUGCCCACUCUCAGGGUCAGAAGAUCGGCAUCCAGCUCGCCCAUGCCGGUCGUAAAGCCAGCACCUUCGCCCCGUGGCUUAUGCCUGAGGGUUCGAGUCGCGUCGUCGUUACCGCCGAGAACGGCGGCUGGCCGGAUAACGUAUGGGCACCAAGCGCUGUCAAGUUCAACGAGGGUUACGCUGAGCCUAAGGCCAUGACGGCUGAGGACAUCAAGACCGUUGUGCAGGCGUUCAGGGAUGCGGCCAAGAGAGCUAUCGCGGCUGGGUUCGACGUGAUCGAGAUCCACGGCGCUCACGGAUACCUGAUCACGGAGUUCUUAUCGCCGGCUAGCAACAAGCGGACGGACCAGUACGGCGGCAGCUUCGAGAAUCGCACGCGCCUACUCUUCGAGGUCAUCGAGGCGGUCCGUGACGUUAUCCCCGAGUCUGCGGCCCUGUUCCUUCGGAUCUCUGCCACCGAGUGGAUGGAGUGGUCCGGCGAGCCCAGCUGGACGAUGGAGCAGAGCUUCCAGCUCGCCAAGCUACUGCCGACUGCAGGCAUCGAUACCCUUACGCGCAGAUCAACUUCGCGGGUCGGAUCCGCGACGAGCUGAGAAAGGACGGUGUCGAGAUGCUUAUCGGAGCCGUGGGUCUCAUCACGAACUCUGAAAUGGCCCGGCGCAUCGUCCAGGAAGGCGAAGCACCGCAGGCGGAUCUGGUGCUGAUCGGCCGCCAGUUCUUGCGCGAGCCAGAAUUUGUUUUGCGCGCGGCACAGGAGCUAGGUGUGGAGGUCAAGUGGCCUAAUCAGUACCACAGAGCGGCGUGGCUUAUGACUGAUGACAGGAAAAGAGACGGCAUCGUUACAGCGUAACUACUAACGACGUGAUAGUUUAUGGUCAUUUCGAUAGAUAGCUCGGAUACCUUGAAUAAUAAAAGUGAACCUAUCAGACCAACAAUGUUUUUGCUUAUUCUGCUGAUAGAUACCUGCCCAGGUACUAGUCGUAAUUAUAGCGAGAGAUUAUUUGAGCUCCUAAAUGUCAACAAUCCAUCGUUGAUCUUUUAACUCGUUUAAGUAUGAACCCCACCAAUCCCCAUCGGCCCUCAGAUUCAAUCGAAUAAUAUUAUAUCAUCCUAUUUUCAGACUUGGCCCUUGGGAGGGUAUUCUUUGCCAUUGACAGUGACCUUGGGUUCGCAGGUACACCAGUCUUCUGGUGAAAUGUUGUCGAGGACGGAGGAGAUAUGGUUUCCACAGCCGAACCAGGUGGUUUUAC